AUGGCUCUCAUCUCGCUGUCCUGGUGCCUCGGCGUGGCUCUGACGCUGUUCUGUGGCACCUCGUGGCCCCAGGCACACUCGGCCCUGGCCCCUGAGAACGAGGUGCCUCUUCGCCCCAUUACAUGGCUGCCAGAGGGAAAAGUCACCACCAUAACACUUCCCAAAGGACGAACUCGAAGGCUAUACUUCAUGCUGAAGAAAAAGGCUGUGGCGAUGUCCGUGACUGUCAGCCCGUGCGACCUCGCCAUCGAAUGGAGCUUGGCUGCCCGCACCCUCAAGGACAAGCCCCUCAAGAGCCUGCAGUGGAGCACCAAAAAGAGCAUGCCAGAGGUUUGGUGGCGAGGGCCAGGGACUGAGGAGAAAUUGCACAGCUUCACAGGCAACACCAUGGACACCUAUGUGGGUCCUCCCCAUGCUCAUGCUUCUAUCUACAUCCUGAGGCUGCGGUCAAGAGAGCACGACACCAGAGCUACAGUGUACCUCCAUGAAGGCCUGGGACCCUCAGGGGCCUUCCCACUGCUCCCAGCUGACCCUCGAGUUCACACCCUGGGGGUCGGCAUGACCAGCGUCACCCUCAGCUGGGCACCUAGUGCCUCCCUGACCAGGCUCCCGCACACCCAGAAGAGUUACGAUUACUGUGUCUUUGUCAACCCGACACACAACUAUCCCAGUCUUUGUGCUGCUAGAGAGAGCAUCAGGAAACAGAAGGAGAGAGAUCAGAGACAACAAAGAAAGGAGAAGCAGAGAAGAGUGACAGUGUGGCCAAUUCUUAAAGACUGGUGGUGGCAGCAAUGGGACACCUUCUCUGAACCCCAGGCUCCCCCUUCUUCCCUCCCUGAUGAGUACUCUGAUCUCCCGUGUUUGUGCAAGGGGACGGAGAGUGUCUGCACAGUCUCUGAGCUCCUCCCUGACACCCAGUAUUACUUUGACGUCUUCGUGAUUGACAGGGUAAAUGGGACCAGCAUGGCCUACACGGGGACAUUUGCUCGAACACAUGAAGAAGCCCGGCCAGCCAUCACCCCACUCAGAGAGGGGGAGCUGAGGUGGGUGACCUUUCGUGACAGGAGUUCCAACUCGGAGCAAUUCUUCAGUUUCCGUCCCCGUGGCUGGCAGCAGAGUGGUCUCCUCACCUUGCAGAGCUGCAGUGGAGGUCAAAAAGUCAAAGUCACCGUGUCCAGUAAAGGACACGUUCUGACUUCCCAGGCUGUGGGGGAAGAUCUGGUGCAGAUUUGGCUCCAGGGAAGUCCCUCCUACCUCAUUCACCUGGAGAGAGAAGGAACCGCCACAGCCCAGACCUCUGGUGCUGCAGACCAAGUCCUUCCAGGAGGUCUGACGGCUUCGGUCAAAAUGCAAACUUCUUCAGCCUACCACCGCAGAGGGGUCCCCUCUCUGCCCUCCACCCUGCAGAUAAAGUCCUUCAAUCGGCUGCGGACCUGCAACAGCAUCACCCUGGCCUGGAUGGGCACAGAGGAGAGGAGCCUGUACUGUGUGUACCGCCGGCAGCUGGGCAAGGGCAAUGGAGAGACUGCAGGAGCAUCUGCUGCCACUGCGCCCUGCCUGGGCCCAGAGUCACGCUCCGACACUGAGAGGGUCCUGUGCAAAUACUUCCAGGAGCUGAAUCCCCGGCGGGCCGUCACCACAGCUGUGAUUGGGGGCCUGGAGCCGGGGAUGGCGUAUGUGUUUGAUGUCUAUCUAAUGAGACGCUGGGGGAUCCCUAUCAAGUACGCCAGCAAGAUGGUCAAGACCAGGAAGGAGUGCUGAGAUGCUGCCCCCUACAGGAGGCUUUUUGACUGUCCCAGUUAAAAGGGAGAUGCAUCAGCCAUGGACAUAAUAUAAAGACCAUGACGACAAAGCCAUUUGACUGUUGUGGAGACUGUUAACAUAAGGAAAUAUGCCCUCUGAAGGAGCGAUGGUUGUAUUCAAACUCCAGAGGCACUAUCCAUUCAGUGGGUGGGAUGCUGAUGGAGAUCAUAAUGAGAGGGAUCUGCACACCAGCAAAAAUUCAUAACAUUUACAACUUCUGUGCUUUUGUCAUUUUGUUUUCCAUUGUUGUUGGUCAUGAUAAUGAUGUGCCAGUUGUCCAAGUGCUUAUUUUGUGUCUGAGUACAAAGGACAUAUGAGGUUUUUGAUGACAGAAAAUAAAUACAAAAACAACAACAAAGACUGUGCCAAAUAUGCAACAGAAACAGAUGGGGCUAUAAUUGGAUAACAUCGGAGAGAGGGGGUAUACAGUGUAUCUUUAGCGCUGCAUAUUGUACAGGCUUAUAAACACAGAUGGGUGCAAUCUACAGAUGCUUAGUUCAAAGUAAGUGUGUAUCCUUGUGUUCUGCUUUCGCAUGAAGCAGUGAAAAUGACUUAGUGACUUGCCUCAUUGUCUUUGAUGUAUUCUUG